AUGGGAGAAGAACCUGCGACGAGAGAGCCAGAGCUGUCUGACGCUGGCUCGGACGAGGAGUUGGAGCUUCCCGCACGGAUAGAGGAGGGGAGUCACAACGGCAGUAUCAGAAAGGGUUGUGAUCCGUGUUCCCAGACCCAGCGCAGUAAGCUGCAGCACCGUAGAGCUCGUAUCAACCAGCAGAUCAACAAGGAGAUGAGGAUGAGGGCCGGGGCUGAAAACCUCUUCAGGGCCACCACUAACAACAAGGUAAAGGAGAAUGUGGCUCUAGAGCUGAGCUUUGUCAACUCUAACCUGCAGCUACUGAAGGAAGAGCUAGAGGAACUCAACAGCAAUAUGGAGGUCUACCAGACAGAGAGUGAAGCCAUCAAUGUUCCCAUGAUCCCACUGGGUCUGAAGGAGACCAAGGAAGUAGACCUCACUGUCCCUCUCAAGGACGUUAUCUGUGAGCACUAUGGAGAGGACAGCUCUUUGUUUGAGAAGGAGAUCAAGGAGUUUAUGGAGCUCAGACAGGCCAUGCGUACCCCCAGUCGUAAUGAAGCAGGUUUGGAGCUUCUGGUGGAGUAUUAUAACCAGCUGUAUUACCUGGACCAGAGGUUCUUCCCCCCACACCGAACACUAGGAGUCCACUUCCACUGGUAUGACUCUCUAACAGGUGUGCCAUCGUGCCAGCGUGCGUUGGCGUUUGAGAAGGGCAGUGUGCUGUUCAACAUGGGGGCUCUCUACACACAGAUAGGUGCCAGACAGGACCGCUCUGCUACAGCUGGCAUAGACAGGGCUAUAGACGCCUUCCAGAGAGCUGCAGGUGCAUUUAACUACCUGAAGGAGAACUUCUCCAAUGCUCCCAGUCUGGAUAUGAGUGGCCCGUCACUAUGCAUGCUGGUCCGGCUGAUGAUUGCCCAGGUGCAGGAGUGUGUGUUCGAAAGAGUCACACUCACAACGCAGGACACACACUUCAUCACCCAGCUACAAGUGGCAAAGGAGGCCGCACGGGUAUCUAAUGUGUAUAGCUUGGUACUCCAGACCAUGUCUCAGACCCUAGUGAAGGACUAUGUCCCAUUCUCCUGGGCCUCCAUGGUUCAAGUGAAAGCAGAACACUUUAGAGCCCUCUCCCACUACAAUGCUGCUGUCGCUCUCUGUGACCACGCCCAGUCCAUUGAGGAAGAGGAGGGUGAUGAAGAGGCCGAGAAGGCUCUCCUCCAGUUCCAUGUCAGUACUCCUGCCGGACCCCCACUCAGCCAGGUGCUCAGAGACCCCGAGGACAGACGCAAACUGGGUAAGGCCCACCUGCGUUGUGCAGUGAUCAGACAUGAGGAGGCUAUGAGAGUACAUGGUCUAUGUAAGAUCCUGAGGAAGAUGGAUAUUCUACAGGAGGUGCUCUCUUUCAUGUACAAACGCUCCCUGGACAAAUACUCUGAGAUGGACCGAGAGGACGACUUCGACGAGACUGCAGAGGCCCCCGAGAUACACUCUCAAACCCAGCACAAACCAGACAUCACACCACCCAACUUCUCCACUGUCCCAGUCACUGACAUCUUCCAAAGGCUGGGUCCCCUGUCAGUGUUCUGUGCAAGGGCACGCUGGGGGCCGGUGCGUGUGGUGUGUCUCCAGCGAGGGGAGGGGGGUCUGGGGCUGACUCUCAGAGGAGACUCUCCUGUCCUGGUGGCUGGGGUGGUGCCGGGGGGAUGUGCACAGGAGGCAGGUUUGAGGGAGGGGGACUAUAUAGUGGCGGUGGAUGGAGAGGACUUUAAGUGGGCUAAACAUGGAGAGGUGGUCCACUCCCUGAAGAGCUGCAGCGACAGAGGAGUACAACUCAGCGUCAUCACACUGCACACACACGAUACACAGGUGGAUAGGAGGCCAGUGAUGCUCUCCCCCAGCGGAGACGAAGAGAACGCUCGGCUACGGACCAUGGGCGGGGCUAAGGGGCAGAGCACCGCCCCCUUACUCAACUGGAACAGGAAGAAGAAUAGGGGAGGGGGCAGAGCCACCAAGAGACUGGGCAGCACCUUCAGUCUGCCGUUUGGAAACCUUCGGGACAGUGAGUCCAUGUACUGAGAUAUACUGAGGGCACAGCAGACAUGUUGGUCUAUUCCAUACAUUGCACUACCAGCCAAUAGUAGUGCACUAGGGAAUAGGGUGCCAUUUCAGACUGUGCCAUAGAUGGAUAGACAAACCACUCAGGGAAUGACAGGGGGACAUGUUACAAUACAAGGAUGUGUUGUAUAUGACUGGUUAUUGCAGCAAAGCAAGGAGAGGAAGAGGAGGAUCACAGGAAAGGAGGAGGAGGAUGCUUUGUCUAGAUUACAGCAGUUUCAACUUCAGAGAAACAACGGUGGUUUUAGAAAGCAGGCGACUGCAGGUAUUUGUCACUGAAGGAGUUAGUGAGGGGAAAAAAGUAUUUGAUCCCCUGCUGAUUUUGUACAUUUGCCCACUGACAAA